CCCCAGCUCAUUCCUUUGCCAAAACCGCGAGACGCGAAGCAUCGGAGGGCGACUGGCAGAUUGGAGACACAGCGCUCUGUCUCCGUGUCUCACUGUGUGUGUCUCUGUGUCUCUCUCUGUCUCUGUGUCUCACUGUGUGUGUCGCUCUCUGUGUGUGUCUGUGUGUGUGUGUCUCUCUGUGUGUCUCUCUCUGUGUGUUUCUCUGUGUUUGUUUCUGUCUCUGUGUGUGUCUCUGUGUGUCUCUGUCUCUCUGUGUGUGUCUCUCUCUCUGUGUCUCUCUCUCUGUGCGUGUCUCUGUCUCUGUGUGUGUGUAUCUGUCUCUCUGUGUGUGUCUGUGUGUCUUUGUGUGUGUCUCUGUCUCUGUUUGUGUGUGUAUCUGUGUCUCUGUGUGUGUGUGUCUCUCUCUCUCUGUGUCUCUGUCUCUGUCUGUGUGUGUCUCUCUGUCUGUGUGUGCCUCUGUCUCUGUGUGUGUGUAUCUGUCUCUCUGUGUGUGUCUCUGUGUGCCUCUGUGUCUUUGUCUCUCCCCGUAUCUCUCCGUGUCUCUCCGUGUCUCUCCGUGUCUCUUCAUGUGUCUCUCUCUGUCUGUCUGUGGCGGUCGUCUCACGAGGAGAGACCUCACGAGCUCGUCGACUGCAGAGUAACUCAACUCGACAGCUGAGAGACUCACAUCGUCUGCUGAGUUACUCAACUCGACAGCUGAGAGACUCAAAGUGACCACUCCACCAACAGAUCAGCAAAUCGGCAGUGGAGCAGCGCACGGGGACACACUCAGCGAGGUGAGGCUGACUGGCGAUGCCUGUGCAGUGAGUGGAGUGUGCGGGGGACUCAUGGACUCGCGAGGGGACAGACGAGGAGCCUGCAUCAGAGGGGGGGUCUCAGCCACUCUGAUGCUGGUCCUGGGUUCAAGUCUAAUCCUCCUACUCCUCCUGCAACUCCUGACCCUGACGGUCCGUGUCCAACCGGGGAUUCCGAACUCCAGAGUCAGAAGAGCUGUCAACACCACUGCGAUCUAUACGGUGGAUGUCCAGAUCGUCGGCUCGUAUUCACCGGACGCUCAGAUGCUCCGGUCCGAUACACUCUGCGGUGGCCAAUACAACGUCUCCGUCACGAGCUUCGGCAUCCUGAGCUCGUGCCGUGCGAGUGCCCAGGUCGAGUGCUGCUACUGCGGCAACUUCUACCUCCACUGGUCUCCUGCCACUUGCGGCUCGUCCAGGCCGUGCCCGGACGGCACGAACUGGACCCCCGGGGCGACCACCUCCUCCUCGUCCUGCCAGUGCAUACAGGGGCCCCUGACGGACGGGACGCAAUGCAUGGGCAGGAGAAACGUGGCGCUGGAUCCCAACGUUGAUUGUUACUCCACCACCGACAGCACCGCCACCACCGCCACCACCACGACUAUGACCACAACUACCACUGCUAUCACCACUGCUGUUCCAAUUAACACCACGACUGCUAUCACUACGGCUGCUAUCACCACUGAUGCCCCAAUCAACAUUACGACUGCUGUCACUACAGCUACCCCAAUCAACACCACGACUGCUAUCACCACUGCUGUCCCAAUCAACACCACGACUGCUGUCACACUGAGCACAACAUCAACAACAGCUGCAGACAACACAACCGCUCCCGUCGCAACCAACACGACCGUUCCGGCGACAACCAUCGGGUUCGUGAGCAGCACGACCGCCUUUGUCUUCCCUGUGACGACGACGUUGGACACGCCAAGUGCGACAACCGCAGCAACAACAACAACAACAACAAACGGAACGGCAGCAACCGCCACCACAACCACCACAGCAGCGAUGCCGACCACUUCCACAGCAACCACCGUCUCCCAGUGGCCAUCUUGUCCCACUGUGAAUGACACGACGUCGUUCAAGACCGAGGCGAGCAUGCAGAUCGAGACGGAUGCUCCCAUCGGUGGGAACUGCUCGUUUGAAUUCAUUGUCAGCAAACAGAAUGUCACCAGCAGCGUCACGGUGCUCAGCUGGUGCGGGUUGGACGGUACUCAGAUGCGUUGCCACUGCGGCCCCGGCUUGCUGUGGAGCGCGGCUGCCUGCCGGCAGGUGGGAGCGUGCGAUGACGUCACCGUGCCUAGCCCCUCCCCCUCGCCUGGCUUCGCCCCUACCUGCACGUGCAUCAAGGGGUUCCCGCCCGAUGGGGUGCAGUGCGUGUCUCGCCCGGAGCCUCUGCCAUCGUGCACGACCGCCAACCCCACCAAUGUCACUACCGUCGUGAACGCUACGGCCACCGAUGAGACGACCUUGAACGCUACUGUGACCUCUGAGAUGACCUUGAACGCUACUGCGACCUCUGAGACCACCCUGAACUCUACUGUGACCUUUGACACGACCCUGAAUGCAACUGGCAACCUCUGAGACCACCCUGAACUCUACUGUGACCUUUGACACGACCCUGAACGCCACUGCGACCUCUGAGACCACCCUGAACUCUACUGUGAACUUUGACACGACCCUGAACGCCACUGCGACCUCUGAAAUGACCCUGAACGCCACUGCGACCACUACAGUGGUCCUGAACACCACUGCGACCACUGCAGUGGUCCUGAACACCACUGCGACUACCGUUCUGAGCACAACGAUGGCAACCGGCAGUUCGAAUCGAACGAGCAGCCCCUACGCGCCACAAGACCUCAAGGUGGUCCCAGUGACGCUGACAAUCAAUGAAGUCUUCAACUCUGCCCUGAGUGACCCAAACUCGCUGGAUUACAGGACCAUGUCCAACAGGCUUCUACCCAGCCUCAUCAGCUCCUAUCAGAGCCUCGGGUCUCGGUUCGUGGAAGUGGGGAUCUUAAACUUCCGGCCCGGCAGUGUCCUGGCAUCCUCGAACGUGAGUGGCUACAGCCUCACCGACUCCGAAGUCACUACCUUGACCUCUUCUGCCAUUGACGCUUUGAUAGCGGCCGGAGUUCCGGUCGUCCGGGACUUCAACAUCAACGGUACCACCACUAACGUCACCACUGAGAGGCUUAAUGAAAUCUUAAAUCAAUCGAAGGAUUUACAAAACCAGCCUAAGCAAAAGGUGGAGAAGGCGGUUCCCAUCCUGCUGCAAAACCUCACCAUGCAGACGAACCCUGCGGGGGGCAGCCUCACCCCCGACAGCAUCCGCUCUGCGAGCGAGGCGCUGCGUCUGAUCACGAUGGCGACCCAGAACAAGAGCAUCGUCUUCGGCAAGCAGGUGGCGGAGAGCUUCCUCGUCACAGCGAGCAACUUGCUGGCGACAAGCAACUUGCCCUCCUGGAAGUCGCUGCAGACGCUGAAUGAGUCGGACAGCGCCGACCUCCUCGGCAACGUGGAGACUUUCGUGACGAGGAUGAACACCACGAACCUCGCCACGGGCACACGUGCCGGUGCCGACGUCCCGUCGACGUUCAACAUAACCAGCGCCAACGUGCGGCUGCUGGGCACCGUCCUCGUCAGGGCCGGCGCUGCCCAGGGAGGCAACUACUCCAAGGUGUUCGCGGGCGACGGAGUCGCCGGGGAGACUGCAGUGACGAUCGGUGAGGAGCAGCUGAACAACGUCACUAACGACGGCGGCGGCAGCGGCGGCACCUACGUCGUGAGCAUGCUCUUCACGACCUUGGCUGGAGUCCUGCCUCUCCGGCUGACCCCCGACCUGAACGGCUCCGCUGGCUCCACUGGCUCCGUGUCGAGCCGGGUCGUGGGGAGCCACAUCCUCAGCACCGUCGUGAGCAACCCGAGGAACUGGACGGGCGUCACGGACAUCGUCCUGCGCUUCCCGCUCACGGUGGCCAGCAAUGGCAGUGGCAACGGCAACGUCGUCCAAUGCACCUUCUGGGACACACAGUAUGACAACGGGCGGGGCGGCUGGUCCGGCGUGGGCUGCCAGCUGACGUCCAACGUCACCGUCGGCAACGCGACGUCCUUCUCCUGCCGCUGCAACCACACCACCUCCUUCUCCAUCCUCGUCUCCCCCGGCGGCGACCUCGUGGACGACCCGAACCUCUCGAUCGUCUCCUACGUCGGCGUCGGCAUCUCGAUGUUGUCCCUGGUGGCCGUCCUCGCCAUCGAGGCCAUCACCUGGCGCCCGUCGGUGUCCAGCGGCCGCGCCGCCCGGCGCUCCAACGGGCGCCUCCGCCACCUCAUCCUCGUCAACGUGUGCACGUCGCUCCUCUUUGCCGACGUCUGGUUCAUCGUGGCCGCCUCUCCCGACGCCCUCGCCAGCCCGGCGCUCUGCACAGCCGCCGCCUUCUUCGUCCACCUGGGCUACCUCGCCCUCUUCUUCUGGAUGCUCUGCGAAGGGUUCCUCCUCGUCUACAUCGUCGUCGUCGUCUUUGAGCGCUUCGUCGCCCGCAGACUCCGCGCCGCGGCCUUCACCGUCGGCUACGGCGUCCCCAUGGUCAUCGCCGUGGUGGCCGUCGCGGCGACGUACCCCCGCGGGGCCUACCUGCGCGACGGAGCCUGCUGGCUCGACUGGGAGCACGGCAGGACGCUGCUCGCGUUCGUGGUGCCGGCCUUCGCCGUGCUUGCCGCCAACCUCACCGCGCUCGUCGUCGUCCUGGCCAAGGUGGUGCGGAGGAGGUCCGCGGUCGUCUCGGGGAACCCCGACGUGAACGUGCGGCUAGUCGCCCGGAGCAUCGGGGUGCUCACGCCGCUGCUCGGAGUCACGUGGGGGCUCGGGAUCUUCGCAUUCAGCGCCGGGGGCAGGGCCAGCUACGUACUGCACUACCUCUUCGCCAUCCUCAACUCGCUGCAGGGACUCUUCAUCUUGAUCUUUAACUGCCUCCUCGACAAAGAGGUACGCAAUGAGCUAAAGAAGAAGCUUGGACUGGGUACACAGAAAUCGAAGGGGACCAGCAGCACCGGUUUGGAUCGAGUCAACCCUACAAAGUCUCACUCUUCCGAGAGCAGAGAACCGGAGAUGAAGGUUCACUCGAAACGUCCGUCCAGAAAAGACUCCAUCAAGUUUCUGAAUGUCUCCUCCGACUACGAAACUCUGAACAGUGGCUUGUGAGCGGGGAGAAAGCAGGGGAGGAGGUGAUGGAGGAGUUGGAGAUGAAAUUGGUGGAGGUGGACGUGGUGGUGGUGGAUUGGGAGUCUGCCCCAAUAGCCCGCGAUCACAAAUCGCUAUUUAACUGCAUCACAAAAGUAACCUGCAGCGUCACACCUAUCGCCAUCAUUAGGGGACAGAACGGCGGUCCGAUCUCCGACCCCCCCAGAAAGAGGUUUUGUCAAAUUCUUUGGGUCUUUCGGUGAAGUCAGGUAGAUGGGUUCAAGAGAAAAUAACAAAAACAACAACGACGUGUCGAUCGCAACGCAACCGCUCAUCAUCUUCCUGAUCUUCCUGAUGACGACCGCUGGCUUUGCGAUCGAAACGUCGUAGUUUUUUUUUGCUAUUUUCUUUGAUCCCAUCUACGUGACUUUACCGAAAGACCCAAAGAAUAUGAAUUCCUGCAGUCACGAAAGCUUUAAGCCAAACGUUUAUGUCAGAUGUUGCUGAGCAAUUCUGCGAGGUCCUUGGUGGAGGGGGAAACCCCUCAGCCUUUAAAACAACACGGGGUAAAGUGGGAUAUGACCCUGCUGAGGGGCUGCGGUGCCUCAAAUAUUGGAGGAAGAUGUCACCCCUUGUGAGUGGCUGGCUGAGGUGCCAUCUGUUGAGGGAAUACUGAAGGCGUUCCAGAGUCUGAGACUAUGAUCUGGUAAUUGCUGCACACUCAGGAGGAGUUGGAGGCGCUGCUGCUGAACCUGGAGCGUGCCACUAAGAGGUGGGGCCUUACCAUCAGCCCCACCAAAACUAAGCAUUUGCCUGGGAAUUUUGUCAGACAAUCCACCCCCACAACUCCCAAUUGGUGAUGGGGCAGUUGUGGAGAAAUUGGAGAGUUUCCCAUACCUGGGCAAUGUGCUCAUGACCGGCUACGUUUUGACAGCAGAGGUCUCACUCCGAAUCAGUCGAGCGGCAUUAUCUUUUCAUCGGUUGUGUAACGCUGUGUGGAAGCGACCUGGUCUGUCGCUCCACACACAGCUUCGGGUCUUCUCGGCCAUGGUCAUUCCCUCUCUUCUUUUUGCUUGGAAAACAACUUAGAAACAUUUAGGCUGGCCUGCCUACGAUCAAUCCUGGAUUUAACCAGGCUGUAUUAUGUGAGGAGCUCACAAAUCCUUGAAAGAUUUGGAACAAUCCCAUCAGUGAGCUCCUCCGGCAGGCAAAGCUGCGUUGGCUGGGCUAUGUAGCCCGCAUGCCCAGCCACCGCAUGCCUUAACAGCUUUUGUUCGGUCGAAUAAAGGGGGCUAAAUAGGCGCGGCAAGGGCUAGAGAAGAGAUGGAGUGAUGUGGUACAGGAGGACGUGUAGCUGAGUGGACUUUCCGAUGACUGGAACCAGCGGUGUCAAGAUCAGCCUCUGUGGAGGAGGCUCGUGAAGGACGCUACUGGGCAGUUGGAGGCAGUCGCCCUCCAGCAACAACUGAGGGGGGAGGAGCGACGCUCACAACAACGAGCGGAGCGCCGGGUGGCUAAAGCACAGCAAGUUGGCACAGUAGGGGGCACAGGUGGUGCAUCAGCCACUCGUCUCAGUCAUCUCAGUCAGUCGACCCGUGGCACCUGCUGGGUCUGCCCCGUGACCUCCUGCCAGCGGGCGUUCGACACUUCACGUCGUAGCCUCAAGGUGCACGUGGCCUGGCACAAGCGUCGUGGUGACGUCACCCCCACUUAGUGGCGAAUGGCGGUUGUUGUUGUUGUUGUGGGUUUAUGAAUGCGUCGUUAAACCCGCCACCACCCGAUAUGUUUCUAUCAGUGAGCGUUUUGCCACGUAAACGAAACGGGCGGCCAACUCGUUACUUGUACAGCAACGCGCAGAUUAAAACCCCGCGACACACAUUCACUAUUCGAGCAACACGUGCGGCGUUUCGGCCCGGUGAUUUCAACGACCAGCAUAAUCAUCAUCCAUCCAGCAUCACCAUCAUCAUCCAUCAUCAUCACCACCAGCAUCACCAUCAUCAUCAUCAUCUUCAUCCAUCAUCAUCAAUCUUCAUCCAUCCAGCAUCACCAUCAUCACCACCAGCAUCAUCAUCCAUCCAGCAUCAUCAUCAAUCAUCAUCCAUCAUCAUCAUCCAUCAUCAUCACCACCAUCAUCAUCCAUCAUCAUUCAUCACCACCACCAUCAUCUUCAUCCAUCAUCCAUCAUCACCACCAUCAUCUUCAUCCAUCAUCCAUUAUCAUCACCACCAUCAUCAUCUUCAUCCAUCAUCACCAUCAACAUCAUCAGAUGGAUAUCCGCAGAGUUGUUGGAAAAAUCCUCCUCCUGCUCCCGUUCCGUUCUUCCUAAAGUCGUGUUUUGUUUGUUUGUUUAAGAGUUAGCACCGCGGGACGGUGAGGCGAUUUGUAAGUUUCCGCGCGAACGUUAUUUUUACGCUGGAACAUAUAUUAUUAUAGGGACUCCUCCACUUGUAUUUGACUUACGAACUUUGAUAGAUACGCACAGACCUUGCCCGAAUGUCCAGUUGCAGUUGAUCGGACUGAUAGCGAGUCGUAAGUUCAACCGGCCAGAGUAACAGAUGGCGGUGGAGGUGGCAUCUACAUCUGCAGAACGUGAAGAACCAGUGGCAUUUACAUCUGCAGAACGUGGAGAACUAGUGGCAUCUACAUCUACAGAACAUGAAGAACCAGUGGCAUCUACAUCUGCAGAACAUGAAGAACCAGUGGCAUCUACAUCUGCAGAACAUGAAGAACCAGUGGCAUCUACAUCUGCAAAACGUGAAGAACCAGUGGCAUAUACAUCUGCAGAAAGUGAAGAACCAGUGGCAUCUACAUCUGCAGUACAUGAAGAACCAGUGGCAUCUACAUCUGCAGUACGUGAAGAACUAGUGGCAUCUACAGAACAUGAAUAACCAGUGGCAUCUACAUCUACAGAACAUGAAGAACCAGGGGCAUCUACAUCUACAGAACAUGAAGAACCAGUGACAUCUACAUUCACAGGGGACUCUACAACUUUUAAAGCCAUUCCCGCGUGUGUAGUGCACACUCCGCACACCACGUUUGGACUCGACAGGAGAUUACGUUGGACAAAUCAACCUACGAUCACAGACCUCUGGAACCCAGCUCGUUGUUACGUAAAGGUGGUCUCCCGACAGUAAUUUUUACUUUUAUUACCUAACAAGGGGGGAGCAGGGGGGGGGGCGUCCAUUAGUUGCGUCGCCCGCGAUGUCAGAACAUCGCGACGAUGCGAUACCACCGUCACGAUUAUUAUGAUAUAGUAGUAGGUUUUUACCCUUUCAACUGGUACAAAACUGACACCUUUAUACAAGGCAUCAUGUUUGCAAUAACCGCAACACAAGCAGUCAAAAUGCAAACAA